AAGUAUUAUUUAUAGAAUGUUUAAUUUAUUACUAUGAUAUUGAUAACCCUGUAAUUGUUGGUAAACUGAUUUAACAAGUCUUUGAAGAAACAUGUUACACUACGUUUGUUUAAUUUUUGUUACUUCUUUGGCAAGUGUCCAUUGCAUACCAUGCCAAGAACGUACUGUCGAAGUAGAAGUACCAUCAUCUGUGAAAAUAGGAGAUAGUGCUACUCUUAUUUGUAAUGUUAAACCAAAGAACGAGGAAGAUCAUCUUAUAAAUGUACGUUGGUAUAAAGAAAAUGAAGAAUUCUACCGAUUUACCCCAGAUGAUACGCCCCCCAUAAAACAAUUUCCUGUUUCUGGCAUCACUGUUGACGCAGAAAAAAGCUCAGUUAAAACAGUGGUACUCAAAAAUGUACAAAAUCAACUUACAGCAAAUUACAGUUGCCAGGCUAGUUGGACUGUACCAAACAUCGCAACUGCUAAGGAUUCGAAAGAGAUGUUUGUAGUGGAUGAAUUAAAAGGGGAAAUUAUUCUAACAGUGGAAAACGAAAAUCCUGGUUACAAUGAACAGCUGAUGGGAGUAUGUAUUACUCCUCCAUCUAAAAUUGCGCCAAAGAUUACAUGGUUUUUGAACGGAUACCAGGUAUAUAGUUGGUCAUCUCAAAGAGCGAGACAAAACAGCAAUGUUCCAAAACGUUUUACCUCUUUCUUCAACCAAAGAGCUUCAUUUUUAGAUGACAGGGCCAAUAUAACAUGUAUUGUUGAAGUAGAUAAUAUUUACAAAGCUCAGAAAUCAAUUGUAUUAAAAAGAAAUCCUCAUAUAGGAAGGAGUUAUUAUCCUAAUCGUGUUCAUGGCACCGGCACUGACAUAGUUCCCUACACGUCUGGGAGUCCGAUGUUAACAAUCAAUAUGAGUAUAUUUGCAACGAUCCUGGUACAUAAAUUGUGGGUAUUAUUUUAAAAACAUAAUUAUGUGUUAAUAAAAUAUAAUGUAAAUAAUUA